AUGAGUUUUUUCGGAUUUGGACAGACAGCGGAUAUCGAAAUCGUGUUCGAUGAUGCUGACAAACGCAAAGUUGCGGAGGUAAAGACAGAUGAUGGAAAAAAGGAAAAAUUACUAUUGUAUUACGAUGGUGAAACUGUAUCUGGCCGUGUAAAUGUAACACUGAGAAAACCAGGCUCGAAACUAGAGCACCAAGGCAUUAAAGUAGAACUCAUUGGUCAGAUAGAACUAUUUUAUGACAGAGGUAAUCAUCAUGAAUUUAUUUCCUUGGUAAAGGAGCUCGCCCGGCCUGGCGACCUAUUACAGCAUACAUUGUAUCCAUUUGAGUUUGCAAAUGUUGAAAAACCAUAUGAAGUUUAUACUGGUGCUAACGUAAGAUUACGAUAUUUCCUGCGGGCUACGAUUGUUCGACGUUUAACAGAUAUUGUUAAAGAGGUUGAUAUCGCUGUGCACACGUUAUGUAGCUAUCCGGAUGUGUUAAAUUCCAUUAAAAUGGAAGUGGGCAUUGAAGACUGUCUUCACAUUGAGUUCGAGUAUAAUAAAUCAAAAUAUCAUUUAAAAGAUGUUAUUGUUGGUAAAAUAUACUUCCUCCUUGUCAGAAUAAAAAUAAAACACAUGGAAAUAUCAAUUAUCAAACGAGAAACCACUGGUUCAGGCCCUCACACAUUUACAGAAAAUGAAACUGUUGCAAAGUAUGAAAUUAUGGAUGGGGCACCAGUUCGAGGUGAAAGUAUUCCGAUACGUGUUUUCUUAGCUGGCUAUGAUUUAACUCCUACAAUGAGGGACAUUAACAACAAGUUUUCUGUAAGGUAUUAUCUUAAUCUUGUGUUGAUGGAUACUGAAGAUCGUCGUUACUUCAAGCAGCAAGAAGUAACUUUAUGGAGGAAGAGUGAUAAAUCACGUUUACCACUUCAUAAUCCACACCAUCCACAAAACCUUGCAACUCCAACACCUCAAAGACAGUUAAGUGCCUCUAGUGAGGAGAAUUUUAUAAGAACAGCAUCUCCAAAUGCACCAGAAAACUUACAAAGGUCAGUCUCCCCAGCAUUGCCGGCAGAGAAGCAAAAUGGCCCUGCACAAAUGGAACAAGAAGAACCUGAUGUCUUACCUGAGAAAAUGUCCAACACACAUAUUGAAGUAACAUCGGAUGUUACUGAAAAUACUGAAAUCCCUCCAACAACACUACCAGAAAAUAACAUUGAUAAGUCCCCAGUUUCUGAAAAUUGUGUAAAAAUAGCUGAAGUGGAAAAACCACAGAUAAGUGAAAAACCCCAAGUCAAAAAAGUAAAACCACAAGCUGAAAAAGUAAUGGUGGCUGAAAAGGUAAUGGUGGCCGAAAAACCCCUUCUUGCUGAAAAGCCUCAACUUGCUGAAAAACCAAGGCUAGUGGAAAGUGAAGCUAGCCCAAGUCAAUAG